CCGUUGUUGUUUCAAAGCUCGUUUUUUUUUUCCGACUAAAGUUGUUUCCUUUUUAACUCAUUUUCAUUAGACCUUCUCUGUUUUCUACGGUUGUUUCAGGGUUUUUGUUGCUUCUGCUUCUCUCUUUUCUAAAGUUCGGAGCUUUGGCUGAGAUUUGGCUUCAAGGGUUUGUUCGGUUCUUUGAAAGAUUUUGCCGGUUUUGGAAACUCUUUCCGUGGGUUUGAAGAAAGGGUUGGCGAUGGAGGAGAUUAAGAUGGAGAACGUGUUGAAUGAGGUUAGGGUGAGGGGUGAGUCUCUUCGUAACGCGUUGGACAAGGUUAACGCUCAUGUUUCCGACAUACUUGUCUUCAAUGUUCAGUGGAAAGACUUGAAUGAGUAUCUUGAAUCAGUCAAUGGUAAAGUAGAGGAGAGGUUAAGGGAGUUGAAAGGUCAAAGCUUUGCACUUGAGGAAAGGGCUAAAGUGGUUGAAGAAGCUGAAGCUAAGCUUGCUGAUUUGGAGGCGAAGUCUAAUGCAGAGGAUGUGAGACUGUCUCAUCUUAGGACAUUGGUGGAGGAGUGUGAGGCAGAGAAAAUGUUAAAGGAAAGUGAGCUUAGUGAGAUGGUGAGAAAGACUCAUGUUGAGCUUGGUUUGAAAGGUGAAGAGCUAGCAAAGAUGGAGACUGAUCUUGAGAAAUGCCGUGGUGAUGUCAGCACAGAGAUGGAGAGUUUGAGUAGAACUCAAACUCACAGAAGACAGUUGGAUGAGGAAGUUGGGAGGAAGACAAAAGAUCUGACAUUGGUUCAGAACAAGCUUGCGGAAUGUGAGCAGCUGCUUGAGACAAGCUCCUCAGAACUGUUUAAGAUUCAGGAUGAGCUUGAAUGUAAGCGACAAGGGUUAGGUCAGAUGGAAGCUGAUCUUGAGAGAUGCCGUGAUGAGGUCAGUGCAGAGAUGGAGAGUUUGAGUAGAGCUCAAACUCAAAGGAUACAGUUGGAUGAGGAAGUUGAGAGAAAGACGAAAGAUCUCACAUUGGUUCAGAACAAGCUUGGGGAAUGUGAGAAGCUGUUUGAGACACGCUCCUCAGAACUGAUAAAGACUCAGAGUGAGCUUGGUUUGAAAGGUGAAGAGCUAGAAAAGAUGGAAACUGAUCUUGAGAAAUGCCGUGGUGAUGUCAGCACAGAGAUGGAGAGUUUGAGUAGAACUCAAACUUACAGAAGACAUUUGGAUGAGGAAGUUGGGAGGAAGACAAAAGAUCUGACAUCGGUUCAGAACAAGCUUGCGGAAUGUGAGCAGCUGCUUGAGACAAGCUCCUCAGAACUGUUUAAGAUUCAGGAUGAGCUUGAAUGUAAGCGAGAACAUUUAGGACAGAUGGAAAUCAAUCUUGAGAGGCAUCGUGUUAAGGUCAGGAUAGAGAUGGAGAGUUUGCGUGGAGCUCAAACUCAUAUGAGACAGUUAGUUGAAGAAGUUGAGAGGAAGACAAAAGAUCUGACAUCGGUUCAGAACAAGCUUGCGGAAUGUGAGCAGCUGCUUGAGACAAGCUCCUCAGAACUGUUUAAGAUGCAGGAUGAGCUUGAACGUAAGCGAGAAGAUUUUAGACAGAUGGAAAUCGAUCUUGAGAGGCAUUGUGUUAAGGUUAGCGCAGAGAUGGAGAGUUUGCGUGGAGCUCAAACUCAUAUGAGACAGUUGGUUGAGGAAGUUGAGAGGAAGACAAAAGGUCUCUACUUGGUUCGGACGAAGCUUUUGGAAUGUGAGAAGCUGGUUAUGACAAGCUCCUCGAAACUGAUAAAGACUCAGGGUGAGCUUGAAUGCAAGCAAGAACAGUUAGGAGAGAUGGAAGCUGAUUUUCAGAUGCAUCAUGCUAAGGUCAUUGCAGAAAAGGAGCUUUGGGUAAGGACUCAAUCUCACAGUAGAGAAUUGGAAGAGGAGAUAGAGAGAAAGAGGAAGGAUCUUACAAUGGUUCUUGAUAAAAUUGCAGGAUGUGGGAGGCAGCUAGAAUCGAUGGAAGAGCAAUUAGAUUCCCAGCAGAAGCUGCUUGAGACACAGUCAUCUGAGCUUGUCACCAAAGAGAAAGAGUUGCAAGAACUUAGUCUGGAGAUUGACUUGAGGGAACAAACGGUCAUAUCUCUAAACGAUGACAUGGAGGAGACUUGCCAACAGAUGGAAUCAAAAGCCAAGGAGUUGGAGAACGUUCAGACGCUAAUUAAGGAAAGGAGUGCGCAUUGUGAGUCACUCAAGUUGUUUAUUAAAAAGCUCUCUAAGAAACAAGAUUCAGCAGAGAACGAAGUUGAUUGGACAGAGAAAAAACUGGAUUCGACGACAAGACAUCUGGAAAGAUGCAUUGCUAAGCAUAAGUCAAAGAAAAAAGAGCUUCGCUCUGUACAAUCAAUACUCAGUGAGAUAAAGGAACAAGUCGAGGAAGGAGAGAAGAGAAUGCAGUAUUUGAAUAGCUCCAGUGAGGAACUUAACAGCCAGCUCAGGUCGAAACAAGAAGAGGUUUCUUCAAUCAGCGGUGAGUUGAAGGCCAAGAGGAAACACCAUGAUCAGGUUCAAAGCUCAAUUCUUGACCAUAUUGCUGAGCUUAACUUCGUCAAGCAAAAGAUUCAAGACAGCUUAAAAGACUUCCAAUCUAAAGAGGAGGAACAAGCCAGGUUAAGAGCAUCAUUGAUGGAACGUGAGCAAGGGCUUGAACUGAAAGAGAAAGAGAUUAGUGCUCGUGAGGAAAGGAUUGAUAAUAAGGCUCAGCAACUGAAAUCAGCAGCACUGAAGUUGGCAAAAUCCUCUAAGAAAACUGAGCCGAAAUCUAAGAAACAAGGCAACACGGUUCAACGAGUUGACUUGGUACGAAACGCUAACGUAUGCGACGAGAAAACUUUGCAGUUACUCUUACGUGGGCAUCUGAAGAAACGUGAUCAGCUUCACCUUGAUGUCCUGUUUUCUGUUAAAAGAUCUUCUGACCCGGCAAAGCUUGUGUUAGACACAAUAAAUGGGCUCUACUCUGCUCAUCAAAGGACGGCACUUAAAAAUCUUGAUCCAAAGAGUGUUCAAAGGAGUAGUAUCUUCUUGCUUGAAUGCUUGAUUGAUAUGUCACCAAAACCAAAAACUCAAACUCAAGUACAAGGAGAAGCUAUCAAGUUUGCCACUGAAUGGAAGAACACAAGUCUGGUUAACGCAGAGAAUCCAGUGGAGGUGUUGGAGUUUCUACAUUUUCUUGCUGCAUUCAGUUUGGCAUACACUUUUGAUGCUGACAAAGACCAGAAUCUUUUUGAUGUGGCCUUUCUUCGCAAAUAUGGUCCAAGUCUAUGCAAUGCUCUUGGAGUAUCAGCUCUAGCACCUGUCAACAAUGUGCUAUCAUUGGAAGAUAAGCCUAAAGAGCAGCUCCCUGAAGCACCGAUGAGCAAUAGUGUGGAUUCUCGCUCAUCAGAUGUCCAACAAAACAUAACAUCAUCUGACUUGCCUAAUGAAGAUACUCUUAGGGACUUUGAUGGCUCAACUUCUUUUUCGCCGAAUGAAGUCUUUACUAAACUUCCAGUGUUCAAAUCUCCAGGCAGGUUUGUUCUAAAUGCUGUCGAGGAUGCACUCACGGAUGCUCGUCUGAGAGGGGAAUUGAGUUUAAAAGAGCCUAUACUAAUGCCUUUGGUUCCCCUUUUGGAAGAGCUGGCACGUGUUGGUAUCCCUACUAAUCCUGGUCUACAGAAUGAUGCUACUAAAGUGGCACAUCGGUGGGUCAAGAUGAUGGGAGCUAGUAGUGUUGCAAAGUCACAGCGUGAGGUCUGGGCUUUUCUGCAGUUCAUUGUGGCGUUUGGAUUGGUGAAACGAACUAAACGAGAUGAAACUUUGAAACUUGCUUCGUAUGUUGCUCACUUCAAACAUGCGCCGAAACUCUUUCAAUCUCUUGGUCUCAGUGAUGCCAUUCCAAGUUUUGUCACACAGCUCCUAGACAAAGCCAUCUACAUUCCUGCAAUCCGUUUCAUGUUUUACUUCAACGUGGAGAAGAGAUUUUCUCCACUGGAGUUGUUGAAGGAACAGAUCAUCAGUCUCAGCUGCUCAGCCAAGGAAAAGAGAAGAUAUGAAUCACAGGCUGAAGAAGCUAACAGAGAUGGUGCUACACUGAGGGAGAUGAUUGAACUCAUUGAAGACUUCCAGCUGGAAAUUGACAUUCCUGUGGCUAUUAUCCUCAAGUUCAUGGUUCCUCGAGAAAUUGCCUCAACAUCAUCUGUUCCAGCUCAAUCAACCCAUAUGCAGGCUUCAGAAACAGACAUUCAAAGCUCAUGCAUUGCCACUCAUGGCUUAGACCCCAGCCUUCCAACAAGCUUUGGUUCGUCACCAACUCAACCGGCUAUAGACGCAGAAAUGUAUCAAGAUCAACCUGUUAAUAAUGUAGAAGCGUAUCAAGCUGGUGGUUCAACUGCGUUCCAAGGUCAAUCUUCACAGCAAGCUGGUUCUAAACGUCCAAGGAUAGAUCCUGAGGGUUCUAGACUGGUGACUAGAGUCCACCAUCCGGGUCUGGGAGAUUCUAGUGCUGGUGUCUCAAGUUAA